AUGCCAAUAUUCCAUAAUUCCACUUCUCCUACUUUCUUCUUGACGGGAGUCCCUGGACUGGAAUGGGCCCAUGUCUGGAUCUCUAUCCCCAUCUGCUGCCUCUAUUUAACUGCCCUUUCUGGGAAUACCCUGAUCCUUUUCGUCAUCCUCACUGAGCCAAGCCUCCAUGAGCCCAUGUACUAUUUCCUCUCCAUGUUGUCCACCACUGACAUUGGCUUAUGUAUCUCUACACUGGUGACAGUGCUGGGAAUAUUGUGGGUCAGUGCUCAGGAGAUCAGCUUCAAUGCUUGUUUAUCACAGAUGUUCUUCAUUCACCUCUUCACUUUCAUGGAAUCGUCAGUGCUCCUGGCUAUGGCCUUUGAUCGUUUUGUAGCCAUUUCUAACCCCUUAAGAUAUGUUACCAUUCUAACUCAUGCAAGAAUCGCACAGAUUGGUUUGGCAGUCAUCACUAGGGGGACUGUCAUUUUGACACCUCUAAUCAUACUUCUUAAGCAACUGUCAUUCUGCCGCAGCCACGUGCUCCGCCACUCCUACUGUUUCCACCCUGAUGUAAUGAAACUCUCAUGUUCAGACACAAAGAUCAACAGUGCCUUAGGAUUAACUGCAAUCAUCUCUACUGCCGGAGUGGACUCCAUCUUUAUUAUGCUUUCCUAUCUGCUGAUCAUUCGCUCAGUUCUCAGCAUUGCAUCCACAGAGGAGAGAAAGAAGGCCUUCAGCACCUGCAUUUCUCAUAUCACCGCUGUUGGCAUAUUCUAUGUCCCAUUGAUCAGCCUGUCCUUUGUUCACAGAUUUGGAAAACAUGCCCCACCCUAUGUGCCCACACUCAUUGCUAACGUAUACUUGCUCAUCCCCCCUGUGAUGAAUCCCAUCAUCUACAGUGUGAAAACAAAGCAGAUUCGGAAGGCUGUGCUCAAAUUUGUAUGUUCCAAGGGAAUGCGUAUUUAA